CCAUAUGGGAACUAAACUCACUGGAAUUUAAACGUACCGACAAUCGCGAAGUUCAGAAGGAUGCAGACGUGUUUAAUUUUCGCUGCUUUGAUUUUUAUAUCAAGGCAUUAUGAAGUAUUUUGCUACGAAGAGGAUUCGGUGGAGAAAUUCGAAGAGAGUAGUUUAACAAGUGAAGUUGUAAGACUUUUGAACGGAACGUAUUUCAAUCUCAACGAAAAAGUAUGUCAGCUACAAAGGCGAGUCGAUGCUAUUGGAGGAACGACAAACUCGACCAGUCAGUGUCCAUGUAACAAUACGGAAAUCCUCGAAUUCAAAAGAUCAGUAUCCAACGAACUAAAUGAUUUUUCAAAAACACUGUCAGGAUUUGAAAAUGAAAUUCGUACUUUGAAAAAUGAGCAGGCUGAGUUACGAGAGUUAGUGCAGGGCGGAGGAGACAGUGACGCUAGUAGUACUACUACCACCGCCGCCACCACCACGGCAGAACCAGAGUGUGACGAUGGCUGGAUCAUGUCACCUGGGGGAAAGUGUUACUAUGUCUCCACCACUUCUCAGAAAACUGAGUGGAGUAGAGCUAUUAAUCGGUGUUCUGACAUGGGAGCAAAACUAGUUGAGUUCCAAACUAACGAGGAGGCACAGUUCGUGAUGCGAAAUCUGCCAUCACGUGUUUCUACAAGUGACAUAGUAUAUACCGGACGUAAGAGGAAUGAUGCAUACGUGUGGGUUUUCCUCAGUAACGAUGAGCCUGUCGAUACAGCGGUGAGGACAUGGGGUAGUGGAGAGCCAGAUGGAGGGACUCAGACAUGCGGAUGUACCCGAAAGUCAGAUGACUUCGAAAUGCUGGAUUGUCUGUGUACCGGAUAUAACCUCUUUUAUAUCUGCGAGAAUUUGCCCAGACCUGUUAGUACGACUACCGCCACUACAAGUACCACUUCCGCCGCCACCACUACUGGUGCACCAAAAGACUGUGACAAUGGCUGGAUUUCAUCUCCAGAAAAGUGUUACUACGUAUCCACUACUUCCGAGAAAACAGAUUGGGGCGUUGCAGUUUCUCGGUGUACUAAGAAGGGGGCUAACCUAGUGGAGAUCAAGUCGGACAAGGAAGCUCAAUUUAUUAUGGAGAAUCUGCCAAGUCGUGUUGGAACCAGUGAUAUAAUAUACACAGGACGUAAGAGGAAUGAUGAGGAAGUUUGGGUCUAUCUCAGCAACGACGAAGUUGUCAAGACGACUGAGAGGUCCUGGGCUAGCGGGGAACCAGACGGAGGGACGCAGAGAUGUGGAUGUACCAGACGGUCAGAAAACUUCCUGAUGUUGGACUGUUUUUGUACCGGAUAUAACCUCUUCUAUAUUUGCGAGAUUGUGCGAUAGUCAUAUUCUUGCGUGAAAAUCACACAAUUAUAGCUUUUGAGAAAACUAUAAUAAAAAAGAUCAUGCAAUACAA